AUGUGGACGCUGUUGCUUAUUUUCGCUUGUUACCCUUUCGUGCACGCAUUGCAGGAAACUUUCAUCGACCUUACAGGUCGCUGGAAUUUCACUUCUAUUAAAGGUUACAAUGGAACAGCUAUUGUUCCGGGCGAUCUCUUCCAUGACCUCUGGAUAAACGGUUUCAUAAAAGAUCCCCUUUAUGGGAAUAAUUAUUUCGCGCUAAAAAAUGUCACGGAAAACAAUGAGUUCACGUACUUUCGUGAGUUCUCUAUCGAAACCGUUCAUCCCAAGGAGGAAUACGUUCUCUCGAUUGGUGGUCUGGAUACUUAUGCAGUCGUCUCACUCAAUGGAAACCGGAUCGUUGCUUCAUACAACCAAUUUCUUUCUCACCUUGUCAAUAUCACUGGUCGCAUUCACGACGGAACUAACGUGCUCUCAAUUACGUUCAAGAACACCGUCGCAUAUGCAAAAGAUGGUGCGAGACGCUUCAAGGCAAAAACUGGCCUUUCUGUUCCUCCCGAGUGCCCACCAGCUUUAAUUAAUGGAGAAUGCCAUGUGAACUUUGUCAGAAAAGCGCAAUACAGUUUUGGAUGGGAUUGGGCUCCAUCUAUGCCGACCGUUGGAAUUAGCAAGGAUAUUUUCAUCGUGAGAUAUUUGCAAAACUACCUUGAAGAUUUCACAUUCCAAACAUUCAGAACAGAAAUGGAUUGGCUCGUUGAAGUGGAAUUCAGAGUUCUUCACUACACUGACGGUCGCUUCCAGUUAUACGUCGAAAUUCCAGAACUGGGAGUCUACGAAAAAAUGAGUUACGAUUUCGUCAGUGCUGGAGAAAUAACGCGGACAUUCGUCAAACACAAAUUUUACAUCGAUUCCGAGAAAGUUCAAUUGUGGUGGCCUGUUGGAUACGGACCACAAAAGCUCUACGACAUCAGAGCCAGAGCUGGAACUCAUACAAAGACAAAAAAAAUUGGAUUCCGAAGCGUUGAACUCGAUGAAUCAUUUGUCGAUGAAAAGGAUUCAGAAAAAGGAAGAAAUUUCUUCUUUAAAGUGAAUGAUAUUCCGAUUUUCCUUAAAGGUACCAAUUGGGUUCCGGUAUCCAUGUUUCCGUAUCACAAAGAAAACGAGGAGAGAGUGGAAUUCUUGCUUGACUCUGUCGUUGAGGCCGGAAUGAAUACGAUUCGCGUCUGGGGAGGUGGAUUUUACGAAAGUGAACAUUUUUACGAAUAUGCUACCAAAAAAGGACUUCUCAUUUGGCAAGAUUUCAUGUUUGCCUGUUCGUUAUAUCCAAAUGAGGAAUUGUUCAAGCAAACCACUGACAAAGAAGUACGACUGCAGACUCUUAGACUCGCAAAGUAUCCCUCCAUCCUGACCUUCUCCACCAACAAUGAAAUUGAAGUCGGAAUUCGUCAAAAUUGGUUCAAAUCGGAUAACUACACAAUGGAGCAACAAUCAGAAGAUUAUGUGACGAUGUUCAAGAAUAUAAGAGAUAUCAUUGAAUACAAUAGCCACGAGAUACCAAUCCAGUACUCAAGCCCAUCGAAUGGUCGCAAAACCUACGAUGAUGGAGGUGUCUCUGAGAAUCCGCAAGAUCCCAAAUAUGGCGAUAUUCAUUUUUACGAUGAUCUGAAGAACCAUUGGAAGGACAACACUUUCAAAACACCACGAUGUGCUUCGGAGUACGGUGUCCAGUCUUAUCCACUUGAAUCUACAAUGCUGAAGCAUAUUGACAAAUCGGAUUGGAGCUACGUCAGCGACACAAUGUUCUACCGGCAACAUCACACAGGUGGAAUUGCCACCAAUUUGUAUAUGAUUUUCUCCCACCUUCCGAUUCCAAAACAGUGCAAGUCGUACGAUUUGAACAGCCUUUCUGAGUGCGACUACAUCAUAUCGCCAAACUUCAUGAGUCGUCUUGCAUACUAUUCUCAAGUUCACCAGGCCAUUGCCUUGAAAACACAAACCAUGCACUACCGAAAAUAUCGUAACACCACCAACGAGAGUGGCGAAGGAAAUACAAUGUGCGCAAUGUACUGGCAGCUGAACGAUGUUUGGGCCGCUCCUUCGUGGUCUUCAAUUGACACCGACCUAAAAUGGAAAAUGGCGCAUUACGAAGCUAAACGUUUCUUCUCUGAAGUUGCCGGCUACAGCCAUCUUGAUGAAAAAUCCCAUGACCUGAAAAUUCACGUGAUCAACGAUAAAAAUGAAGCGAUCAAGGAUGUCAAGGUUGAUGUGAAGCUUUUCGCAUGGACCAAUGAAUUCACUCCAAUUUACGAAUCCACUUUUGAUCUUGAACACCUUUCUGCUGGCUCGGUUCACAUGAUGUCGAUGAAGGAUGUCAUGCUUGAUAACUCGUUGUCGGAUUACGUGCUCGAGACUCGUGUUCAUAAUGAUGACGGAGAUGUGUCGCAUGUCGAUUACAUGAUUCCCGACAAGCUUUUUGAAGUCGAUUUCGAAUUCCUAGGAGAUGUGAAAAUUACUGACGUCCAUAAAAUCAACUCUCACCAAGUGAAAUUGACUGUCGAAACUGACAAGCCGUCGCUUUUCACGUGGAUCGAAUUUGACUUGGAUAUUCCUCAUUGGUUCAGUGACAACGGAUUCCACAUGAUGUCGUUUAGUAGAUCCAUCACCCUCUACACCUUUCGCCCAAUUGAUAGCGACGUCUCAACGAAUAACUUUUCGAUUUGCAAUUUGAAGUCUUGCUUCAACUAA